AUGUGGAUAAAUAACUUUUUUGGUAAGCAGUGGUCUUUCCUCUUAUCAGUAUCAGCCUUAAGUGUUGGAUUUGCACUCUACAACAAGUAUUCUUGGGGUAUUAGCAAAAUGGAAUAUUAUAUACAACAAAAAAUUAGACGAAGUAUUCAAAAGUAUGUAUGUCCACUUGAACACUAUGAUAUAGUGAAAUUACAAAAAUUUGAGUAUAGUCAUUUAGAUUACCCUAUUAUGAAUAGUAAAAGAAUAGCACAACUUAACUCUAGGUUUGAUAGAAAAAGUCUCUCAGAUGAAAUGAUAUCCGCUGUUGUCACUUAUUUUAUAAAUAUAGAUAUUGCGAAAAUAAAUGGUGUACGGAAAAGUGAUGUCAUUUUGUUUAUUACCAAGAGUAUUGAAGGUGGUGCAGGUAUUAAUAUAGAUGAUGAGCUUGUCACUUCGUUUUUAUGCGGUGUAAGUGGUAAAGAUUUAUCACAAGAAGAAAGACUACUAUCUUCUUGUGAUUUGCAGGAAUUCAUUGAUCUCAUAGACAAAAUAACACAUUCAGAUGUAGAAAAGUAUGAAAAUAUACUAAAUGCUUUAAAAAGUGAAAAUCGAAACUUUCCUAGUUAUCUACAUUAUAGAUAUAAUAUAGCUAGCUAA